CUAGUCCAUCAAUGAAAUAGUAAAAAGAGGGAGAUUCUGGGAGAAAGGAAAGGAGAGAGAGAGACUGAAAGCAUUCCCGAGGAAGCGAUUCCUUUGCUACUGUCCUAUCGCGAAGACCAAGAACAAAAAGAGGAUCAGAAUGAAGUUUAUAAUUGGAAUAGGGGGUGUGACCAAUGGAGGAAAGACAACAUUGACUGGAAGACUCAUAAAGAACUUACCAAACUGUUGUGUGGUUCAUCAAGAUGAUUUUUUCAAGCCCCAAGAUCAAAUAGAGCUCGGGGAGGACGGCUUUAGACAAUGGGAUGUCAUUACCGCCUUAGACAUGGACGCCAUGGUGAACACUGUUAAGGGAUGGAUGGAGAACCCGGUGAAGUUUGCACGAUCCCAUGGCGUGACCGUUUCUACCACAUCCGACCCCGAUCGUGACAUCCACAUACUCAUUGUAGAGGGAUUUCUGCUUUAUAACUACAAGCCUUUGAUUGACGUCUAUAACAAGUGCUUCUACGUCACCAUUCCAUAUGAAGAGUGCAAAAGGAGAAGAAGUACGAGAACGUACACCGUUCCUGACCCACCAGGUCUGUUUGACGGCCAUGUUUGGCCAAUGUACUUGAAACACAGGACAGAAAUGGAGAACAGCAGCUUGGAUAUCCACUAUCUGGAUGGCAUGAGCUCAAAAGACGAGCUCUAUAACCAAGUUUAUGAAGACAUUCAGAACUCUCUGUUGAACAUCUUAUAGCAUCUCCAGUCGGAUUGAAGAUGUGUUUGUGUAUAGAACUGUAAAUAGGAUCUUAAGGAGAUUCGGCUUCUGCCACUCGAUGAAUUUUGUAAAUACGAUGAAGUACUAACUUAUUUUAAAACUUGUGGCUAGUGCCUUUGAUUUUGUAUUGCUCUGUGUAACUUUUGUUCUAUUUAAAAGCAAGAAUCACUCUCUGGGCUGAUCCGAGACGUACAAUUUUCAUGUAUAUUGUAAUUGAAGAACUUCAAUCAAAACUCACAUUUGAACUCUU